AGGAGGAGGAGGUGGUGAAGGAGGUGGAGGUGGAGAACGACGGCGACAAGGAAGGGGAAGAGCAAGGGCACGAAGACAGUCAGUCUCGGAUGAAAUUCGAGCCACUUUAGUUGACCAUGUCCUUGUCCAUGGGAUGACUAUGAGGGAGGCUGGGCAACGAGUACAACCAAAUUUGAGUCGCUUCACUGUUGCCUCCAUCAUCAGAACCUUCAGGGAGGAAAACAGGACACAGAGACGACCACCCGGUGGAGGCAGGUUAAGGCUUUUGUCGGAGGAGCAAGAGAGGGAACUUGUAAACAUGGUAAUUGCAAAUAAUGUAAUCCGCCUGCAAGAGAUUCAAAGGAGAGUGAUUGAGGAUGAUCAUCUUUUUCGAGGCAUAAAUGCCAUCAGCCUCUCCACAAUUGACCGCAUCCUCCGAAAGAAUCAAUUCCGGAUGAAACAGGCAUACCGAGUCCCUUUCGAACGAAACUCUGACAGAGUGAAAAACCAACGUGUGGAAUAUGUUCAGAGAAUCUUUGAGAUUGAAGGACGGCCUGUUCCCCAUGAAAUGAUCUUUGUGGAUGAGGCAGGUUUUAACCUGACCAAAAGAAGGAAAAGGGGGAGGAACAUAAUUGGCCAUCGGGCUAUUGUAAAUGUCCCUGGUCAGCGUGGGGGGAAUGUCACUAUGUGCGCAGCCAUCAGCCAACGAGGGGUACUCCACCGCCAUGCCGUACUAGGACCCUAUAACACUAUGCUUCUCCUUGCUUUUCUUGAUGGUUUAAGACAACAUAUGUUCCAGCUGGACUACAGGGAACCAGCACAGCCAGAGCAGCCUCACUACGUUGUUGUGUGGGAUAACGUCAGCUUCCAUCGCGCUGCUCUGGUUCGUGACUGGUUUACCAAUAACCCAAGGUUUUCUAAUAUCUUUCUGCCUGCAUACUCCCCCUUUCUAAACCCGAUAGAGGAGUUAUUUUCGGCAUGGCGGUGGAAAGUGUAUGACCGAGAACCUUAUGUCCGUGUUCACCUCCUUCAGGCAAUGGAAGAGGCCUGCCUAGACAUAUCAGUAGAUGCAUGCCAGGGGUGGAUCAGGCAUGCAAGAGGAUUUUACCCCCGCUGCCUGGCUGGGGCCAAUAUAGCCUGUGAUGUGGAUGAGAUUCUCUGGCCUGACCCAGACCAAAGACAAGAUGCUGUGGUGGGAUAA